AUGAGGAACUGGGGGGGUCAUUCAUGCCUCGCCUCGUUGAUGGCGGCUCUCUGGGCCACCACCAUUGAGGCGGCCGAUUACAAAAGAUUUGAUGGAGUUCACCGGAUUGAAAAAGCGCACGUUACAGAAGCCGCGGUGCUGGGACCGAGAGACGAUGGCGUGUGCGGGAUCAGCAUGAAGCUCUGCCCUUCCAGCCUCAGUGGAGGAUGCUGUCCGGAUAAUUACGACUGCGCUAAGGAAAGCUGCUAUGCGACCACCAAAGGACCCUCGACAUGUGGCACCUUGGUAGGCUGGUAUGGUUGCGAAGCCGUCUAUGGAGGUGGAUGUUGCCCCGACGGCUACUUGUGUCAGACGGCGGAUGCGUGUUUGCCUCCAUCAGGCUCAGCUUAUACGUAUGGAUGCGCAGCAAGCGAGUAUUUGUGUCCGUCAUCGCUCAGCUACGGCUGCUGUCCCAACGGCAUGGGUUGCGCUAUAAACCAGUGCUACUCUACGGAUCCCGUAACCAUCACGGCUACGAUGGUCAUCACUACAACUGAAGCCGGCAGCCGGACGACAUACAGAACGACUGCGGUCACUAUAUCGACGCCAGACGAACCCACAAUUCUACCGACGGCUGACAACGGCGACGACAGCCAGCAGUUCAUUCUAAAAAAAUAUCCUUCGGCCAUUGCCAAAGUCUCGCCGACCUCUUCAUCAUCAUCCGAUUCAAGUGGUGGAAGCGGAGGACUCUCCACCGGUGCCUUGGCCGGUAUCAUCGCCGGCUCCGUCGCAUUUCUCAUCAUUGUCCUAGUGGCCGCAUUUAUCAUUAUUCGUCAUCUUAACAAGGUGGUCGCCGCUGUUAGCACACCCAGACGCUCUGACGCCUCCAAGUCCCGCCCCUCAAUAAAGGAGUUUAAGCCGACCGACUCUGAAGGUGAUACCUUGAGUAUCAACCCCUUAAUGCUGCCCCCGAGACCGCCUGCGCCUGGUCCAGAAUCGGGACCCUCACCGUAUAAUUUGGGGAGCCCAGACUAUAGCUCCAACGACCAUACACCUAGUGGUGGAGGCGCUGGUUACCAGCCAGUCUCGGGCAGUGCAGGCAAUAGCAGGCACACCAGUUUUGAUGCAACUGCACCCAAUGAUGACUACUUUAAUGCCACGACAGGUGGCCCCAGGUUCAGUCAAUCCACCGCCGUCUCAGCACCACGCACGAGCAAUGACUCCCACGGAACGUAUAGGCACGUUCGAAAUUGGAGCAACGCAUCGGAUGGUUCAGAUGGCGUGCCAGGAUGGACCCCAGCAGCUGCAAUGGAGUUGGAGGCCAAUCCAUAUGUCCCGGAGCUACCGAAUUCUCCCUCAUCUGUGGUAUUCCCGCGAGACGACCGACGACGAUCCAGUGGUGGAAGCACAGUCAGCAACGCAGUACGCCCACCAAUCGCCCACCAGCGCCAGAGGAAUCGGAGCGAGUCUUUGGGACAAUCCGCGCUCGGAGUUGUUGAUGAGGAGAUGCACGGCUUUUAUGGAUCGGCCAAUCAUCUUGUUGGCCAGACAGAUUCACACCGGCCUGGAACUGGGAAAUCGAAACAUGGACCCAAGCCGAAUGAGGGGGAGGGCCAUGCUGAGAGUCAAGAUGAGAGCCAAGAAGAGGGCCGAGGUGAGGACAGAAGCGAGGGCUAUGAGGGAACUCGAAGUUGA